GUGUGAAACUCUCCCAUGGGUUCUAAACUUUCAGCAAAAGCAGGUUUUGUCCUAUGGGCUGUCUCACUGAGUUUAGCAGUAAUCUCCAAUGUGCCCUGCGCAGGGGGAAGCACACCUCUGUGCUCUGUGAUUGAAGAGAGGCUGUAAAUUACCCAGGUGUUUUUCCUGUUGUUCACCUGUCAUACUUUUUCAGCUGAGGAGAGUAAAUUAAGGUACAGCGUGGGUCUUUGUCUUCUGUGGUGUGGACAUUAGGCAGGUGCCGUGAAGCUCUCCCAUAGCCAGAGUGCAGAACACUUCCUAGGCUUAGCAUAUUCCUGAGUUUAUAUGUGAGGAAUGGACAAGGUCCAGUCAGUGCUCUGGGCAUCUUAGUUUGCUGUGUAAUCCAGCUCAGCAGAGAUGUUAGUGGGCUCUGGAAGAAAAUUAAUCACAGUCCUCUGACCUGUAAAGAAAGCUGAUAAUGUUUUAACGGUUGGAAAGGAAGGGAUAUGUACUUUGAGCACACCAGUAAUCUUACAAUGUGGGCACAAGGAAACAAGAUCAUGUGGAGAAACUGACUUGGAUCCAAAAUGCUGUUUGUAAGAAAAUUAGCCAGAGAAAUCCAAGAGGCUAAACUGGUACAUUUAUGUGAACACAUUCCUGUCUUCCCAUUCCCAGAAGUUGCAUUCUGUGUAAGUGUAUUAUACUUGGUACCACACAGGCCUGGGAUUUAUGGCCUUUGGUACAUUUUCUUUAUUUUUGUAUUUUUAAGAAUCUGUCCCCAGCAGGAGCCAGUACCAACCACUUGCCACAUUUGAGCAGAUUCUUCUGUUACAGAAUUUCUGCACAAUUGUCAGGCUUUUAAAUUGAGAAGCCACUUCCCAAGUAUGUGCCUGACAGUUUGACAUCUCAUUGUUCUACUGUUAUCUGUUUAUAAAAACAAACAUAGCAAACCAAGAGGUUUCUGCAAGAUGAAAAAGUAGCUUUAAAAUGGUGUUACUAAUGUUACUGUAGGGAUUUCUGUUACACACCCCCUUUUAUUUUUUAUCCCAAUGUUUGUUUCUGUUUUUUUACAGUCCCAUAUGCACUCCAGGAAUAUGUUCUUAUAUUAUUUAUCAUUCUCCACUCCCCUUGGAUUUCUUCCUGUGCCCUGACAGCUUUCUAGUGUUGUUUUCUGCCUCUGCUCCUUCAGUUACAGUUCUUCACAGGGGACUAAUUUUUUUAGCAAAUUUGGAAUGGGCUUGGCCUCAAAUGUGUGGUGCACAAGAAUUUCAAGGCCUGGUUACAUUGAUGACACUGAUUCCGCCAGAAAGGGGAAACUGCAGAGAGGCUUUGAGGAAGUGAGAUAUAGGGAAAGGAAUCUUUGUGGUUACUGAAGUUCCACAGGACACCUGCAGUAGUGUACAGGAGAGGACAACAACCAGGGCUAAUCCCAAUAAUAUACUUGGUCAAUUGUCUGUCUUCAGGAAUCCAGUGUCUUUCUCUUUAUUUUGAAUUCAAUAGUAAAUGAGAUUGCAAAGCUGAAAAGGAAGAGCUUAAGGAAGUACACUGGUCAGAGCUGUACAAGUGAGGAAGAACAAGUUAAUUUUGACAGACCAUUUUGUGUUAGAAACAGGAAAAUACAGGAAAAUGGAAAGUGAACUGAAUGCCCACAUGCAGAGAUGUAUCCAUGUCUUCAUUGAAAUGGAAGAGAAAGAUGUAAUUUACAGGCUGGUUAAAGGGCUUUUUUUUUUUCUUUUGAUUCUAAAGAAGAUGCCCUCUGGAAAGUUGCUUGGAUUUUGGCGUUUCCCAGACUGGGGGUGUAGAGCAGCUUCCUUGGUCUCCUGCUUCAUGGACAUCGCAAUUGCUGCCAACCUGCCCUGCAAACUGAGAGCCCUCCAAUACAUUCUGGUGAGGAUGAAGAGCGCUGCGGAGACAGGCUACUGCUUCAACAUCAGGAGACUCCGACUGCAAGAAAAGCUGGUCUUACUGAGAUAUGAUCCCAUUGCAAAACAGCGUGUCCUCUUCACAGAGAAGAGAAAAAUCCGUUCUGUGUGAGCAAUGUCUAAACUUGAUUUAUACAUGAGAAGAGGAUGGUCUGGUGGGAUGAUGGGGUGAAUACUGAUUCAGAAAUCCAGAACACAGGCUGAAAAGAGAGGAAAUGAACUGGGAUCACCGUCUCCUGUGACUUGAAGGCCAUUGUGAAUAAAACAAUGUAGAGAGAAAAAAAUUCUUAAUGUCUGGACAUAGAUCAUCACAGUAACAUUUAUUUAUCUUUUGAGUUAUUUUUACAGUGCUCAAUUAAAAAAAAAUUAAAUAACAAA